UAAGAUUUUUUUUUAAAUGUAAGAUGUCUAUUGGAUAUAAAUGAUCUAGGUUAGUUACCAUUAUUUUGUAGGACAAGGUUGUUUAAAAUUAAGAUUUAAUUUUAAUUUCUUUUAUUUUCUGGGUGCUAAACAUUUUGAUAAUAUAUAGAAGCGUUCCAAAAUGAUCAUAGAAAUAGAGAGUGUCAAAGAAAAAAGAUAGACGUAUUCGUAAAUUGUAGCAUAUUCUUUCUCUUUGAUGUUGCUUUUGGCAAUGCUUAUGUUCCUAUAAUCGUAUGUUAAAUUUGGUUAAUUCUGUAGAGUUGUCUCAUUAGUUUUAUGGGAUUAAUGAUUCAUUGGUGUUUGAAAUAUGUGUUAUAAAAGAAAUAGUAAAUUUUUGUAUCAAAAAAGUUUAUUAGAUUUUGUAAAAGGAAAACACAUGAACUUUCUAGAUUCAUUAAAGGGCGGUAGCCGGAAGUUCAUUUCAUAUUUUCGAUGGGUUCUUUGUUUUUCAAAUAAAGCAAAAGAAGGGUAAUGUUAGGAGUCGAAUUAAAUAGUCGUUCGGAAAUGUUGAACUCUUUUGGCUUUAGAGGGACAUCAAUAUUAAUUGAAAUGCAUACAAAUAAACAAAUAAUACCAUUAGAGGGAUAAAGAUGAAAAGAGAAAAGCUAAAGAAAACAAAUUCAUAAAUUGAAAUAAAAAAUGAUGAAGUUAGAGAAUUAUAAUCAAGUUUCCAUUCGAAAAGGUUGUUUAAUAAAGUCAGUCAUUUCAAUUUUUUACUUUCCCGUGCGGCAAAGCACGGGUCGACUUCCUAGUCUAGAUAUAAUAGCAAACCCAUUUUAAUUAUAUAGAUGGAGUCUUUGCUGUUGUUGUUAGUUGUUACCGUUGUCCUUGACGAUAGCCACCAUCUUCACUAUUCACUGGACUUGAUCGUGCUUUUUCUAUACAAUUCUCCGUUCGUCCACUUCGCUGAUCGAUCUCCCUAGUGAAGAUGUUGUACUUCAGUCUAGAUUCAAUGAGAAGAGAGAAGAAAUUAUACAUUAAGAAAUUUACUAUCUGUAGUGUAAUAAGAUUAUACAUAUAUGCCAACAAAACAUACAAUUCCCAUACAUUUUAAACUGAUACUAAUUUGUUUUAAUAAGCUCAAGAAAAAAUAAGAAAUAUGGAUAAUUUAUCCAUUAAUUAGCACAAAGAUAAGGUUAUAAAAACUUUGUUAAACUGUGUAUAAUUAAGGGUAAAUAGGUCAACACACACGAAAAUUUGAUAUAAAUAACGGAAGCAACUUAAGUCUCUCGUCUUCUUCUUCUUCGCUUCAUUCUUGCGUUUGAUCUUUAUCUCUCUCGAUCCAAUCUUUUUCUUGAGUUUCAUUAUGGAGGACGAAUCGGCUCCAGAUUAUAAUCAAAUGGCAAUGUUAAACGCAGAAGACGAAGUAAUAAUCUUACGUCUUCUGAAGCGUAUGAUCGUUAACGGAGAUUCAUGGGCUAAGCUCUUCACCCAAGACGCAGACGUGUUCAACAAGAAUCCAAAUGUGGAGUUCAAUGCUGAGAUACCUAUCUUCGUGGUCGUUAAACCACGAACAGAGAGUUGUGGUAAAACCGAUGGAUGUAGUUCGGGUUGCUGGAGGAUCAUAGGUCGUGAUAAACUGAUGAAAUCGGAGGAGACUGGUAAGAUUCUAGGGUUCAAGAAGAUUCUCAAGUUCUGCUUAACGACGCAACCAUUGGAAUACAAGAGGAGCUGGGUAAUGGAAGAGUAUAGGCUUACCAAUAACUUGAACCGGAAGCAAGAUCAUGUGAUUUGCAAGAUUAGGUUUCUGUUCCGAACCGAGAUCAGUUUCUUGCUAGCCAAGCAUUUCUCGUAUCUCUCUACUAUUCCUGAAAAUCUAGUACUGCCAUCUUAUGGAUACUAUUCCGAUACCCAAGAGGAGGAUGAGUCUUAUCUGUUAGCGAUAUCUGAUUCUGACGGAAACGUUUGGCCUAGCUACGUUACCAAUAACGUCUACCGUUUGCAUCCAUUGAAGCUUGUGGAUCCUUACGAGAAGAUGUUUCGACUUUACGGAACCUGCAUCUACGCUAACGAGACUUUGCGUACAACCGAUGAAUGCUAUCGUGGUUACUGGAAGAUCCUGCACAGUGAUGAGCUAAUCAAGUCAAAGUCCGGGAAUACCAUUGGUUUCAAGAAGGGUUUUGAGUUUUACCAUAUGGAAAAAGUACUAAGCUAUGGUUAUGAAGGAGAAGAUUUGAAGGUAACUUGGACUAUAAAAGAGUACAGGCUUAACGAAGAGGAGAAGCAGAAUAAAGUGUUGUGCGUUAUCAAGUUAACUGAAGAAUGAAGAUAACUAGCUCUAGGGAUCACUUCUACUCUGGAUUUCAUGAUCAAUCAUCUUACUGACAUUGUACAAUUGGUCAUGAUUCAUGAGAACUUGUGUUUUUUUUUAUUUCCUCUAUUCUCUUUUUGGUUUAGCUAGAGAUACUAGUAGUAUGCAUACUUCUAUAUUUCCUGCAGUUUGUGGUUACAGAGGAGAGGCUUUUUUUUC